AUGUCGUUUGGUGCUCUUCCCCGUGACAUGGCUCGUGAGAUUGUUUCAUUUUGUGAUGUGGAAACGGUUCUAAUGAAAUUGUGUUUAUUGAAUAGAGAAAGUCAUCGGAUCUUAUUAAUGGACAGUUAUGAAUUAUGGAAGGAACAUUUACUACUCUUGGAAAACAGCAUCUAUCAAGAGCAAACAGCGCUGGAGCAAAGUAAUACUGUUCCACAUCAUCAAGCUGCAAGCACAAAAGAACCCACAUCAAUUUUCAAAAAUAGAGACUUUGAGUCAAUCUCGAGUGAUUAUUCAAACAAUGAUUGUACUAAAAGCUUGGUAACCUUCAAAGUAUUUAAAAAACAAUACAUUUAUAGAAAAGCAAGAAGAUUAAAACAUCUCUUUAACUCUGAUAAGAAACCUGCAGAAGAUGACAUUCUAAAACAAACUGCACACGAAGAAGUAUUUCGUCUCGUUAAACACGAUUUAAUCAAGUACAUAAUCGAAAAUAGAAGUUUUAAAUUAUUUGACCAUGCUUUCUCCACAGAUCCCAUUCCAUUUUUAAUUCGUUUUCACAGCUUUGAUCCAUACAUGACCAAGUUGGAUGACGUUUAUAGGCUCAUGUACGGCUCAAACACAAUUCCUGACUUGAAGCAAAGGAGCAAAUUCUAUUGGGCUUGGAAGAACCAUCAGAAAAACCUCACAUCAGAAAAAGUUAGAAUAGCCAUGCAAGCCAUUGGUCACCAAUAUAUGAAGAGCACUGGAGAGAAAUUGCUAGUUGUAUGUUAUUACCAAGUUCCAUUCUCGCAAAGUUUGAAUACAAAUAAUGAAAAGGAAUAUUUGACUGCAGAUGAACUUGUGGCCAAAUCAGAGCUUACUGUUGACCGAUUUUUGGAAGUCUUUGUUGAAGCUUGUUGUACCUCAAGAAAAAAGCAUUAUUUUUGGCAUGGACCAAUCUCCCUAACAAGCGAGCAAGAUGUGUUUUCCCAAUUUAAAUCAGUAGUUAAUGGAAAGAAAAAAGCAGCUCUUUAA